GGUUGGUGUGGAGAGAAAGGGAGGUGCGGAGAGUGCAGACUCCGCCCUCCCCCGGGCUCUUGUCUUGUGUUCACUCUCACUGGCGGCGGGCAGCUGCAAUCCCCGGGACACAAAGCCUCCUCAGCUCGGGAUCUGCCUCUCCCUCUCUCCCUCUCCGGAGCUGCAUCUUAGUUUCUGCCCGUCUCCCCGUUCGCACCUUCCUGCAGAGAGGAGCACCUAGAUUUUAGUUGUUUUUUUUUUUACCCCCCCGGGUUGGAGAGAGAUUACCCUGAUAGCAAUUUAGGCGAGGUUGGAGAUUUGCCUGGCGGGACGACCACCCUUCUUUACUCUCCUCCCUCCUUCACCUCCGUGAAAGGCGGGAAACCAUGGGGCUGCAGCCGUUGGAGUUCAGCGACUGUUAUGUGGAGAGCCCUCAUUUUCGCGAGAGGCUGAGGGCGCACGAAGCCGAGCUGGAAAAGACCAACAAGUUCAUCAAGGAGUUGCUGAAGGAUGGGAAGGCGCUGGUGACAGCCACGAAAACUCUUUCAGAAGCACAGCAGAAAUUUGCUCACUCUCUUGGAGGGUUUUCGUUUGAGUUUAUCGGGGAUGCUGAGACAGAUGAUGAACGAUCUAUAGAUGAGUCCAUUCAGGAGUUUGCCGCAUUUUUACGUACUCUCGAGGAACAGAGGGAAAUGAUGGCUCGCAACAUCGACGAAACAUUUAUGAAACCAUUGGAUAGGUUCCGAAGGGACCUGAUCGGAGCAGCAAAGGAAGCAAAGAAAAAAUAUGACAAAGAAACUGAAAAAUACUACGGUACAUUGGAGAAACAUGUCAAUUUGUCAUCAAAAAAGAAAGAAGCAUCACUAUUGGAGGCAGAUAGUCAGCUCGAGCAGAUUCAGCAACACUACUAUGAAUUAUCACUGGAAUACGUGUGCAAAGUGCAAGAAAUUCAAGAACGCAAGAAGUUUGAAUUUGUGGAACCUAUGCUGUCUUUCUUUCAGAUGCUUUUCACAUUUUAUCAUCAAGGUUAUGAACUGGCCAAAGAUUUUGAUCACUACAAAACUGACUUACAUCUCCACAUACAAAAUGCGAGGAAUCGAUUUGAGGGUGCAAGGUCAGAAGUGGAGGACCUAAUGAACAAGAUUAAAAAGAAUCCUCACGAACAUACUCGGACAACGCUGUUCACCACGGAAGGAUACCUUUAUCUACACGAGAAAAGAACAGGUCCCUUUGGCUCAAGUUGGGUGAAAUAUUACUGCACUUAUAAAAAGGAGACAAAGAGGUUUACCAUAUUGCAGUUUGAUCAGAGAUCAGGUGGGAAAAUUGGUGAUGAAGAUGCAUUUAUUGUUAAAUCCUGCACAAGGAAAAAGUCUGAUUCCAUAGACAAGAGAUUUUGUUUUGACAUCGAAGGAAAGGACAGGCAGAGUGUUAUCACUCUCCAAGCGAUUACAGAAGAAGACCGUAGACAGUGGAUGGAAGCUUUGGAUGGCAAAGAACCAGUAUAUUUAAUCACCAGGAAUAAUUCAAGAAAAGAAGGAAAUAUGCAACUGGAUGAAAUGGGUUUCAACAUACUAAAGAAAUGCAUCCAUGUACUUGAGACACGUGGACUGAAUGAUCAAGGUAUAUAUAGAGUGGUUGGAGUCAGUUCAAAAGUCCAGAAGCUGGUGAACCUGUUAAAUGACCCAAAGACCUGUGCUGAAUUGGACCUGGAUAACUCGCUGGAAUGGGAAACAAAGACCAUCACAAGUGCACUGAAACAGUAUAUGCGAAAUCUUCCAGAGCCUAUCAUGACUUACAAGUUGCAUUCAGAAUUCAUCUCUCUAACCAAAAGCGGCAGUCCUGAAACGAGAAUCAAGCCACUUCAUUCUCUCAUUCACAAACUUCCAGAAAAGAAUCGAGAAUUAUUAGGCAUUCUCGUCAAGCAUUUGGCUAACGUAUCUGAUAAUGCAAAACAAAACCUGAUGACCGUUGCAAACCUUGGUGUUGUAUUUGGACCAACUCUGAUGAGAGCUCGGCAAGAAAGUGUUGCUGCCAUCAUGGAUCUCAAGUUUCAGAACAUUGUGGUGGAAAUUCUAAUUGAAAACUAUGAAACGAUAUUUGGAACGGUUCCAGAUGCCAGUGUGGGCCAGUCAGAGACUUGCAUAACACUAUCCUCAAAUAGACUGGCCAGAAGGAUGACACAAGGCACACGCCAUUUAAGGUCAAGGCCCAUAGCCGUAUAUAAUUUCGCGGCAGACGCAGAAAAAGGUGAAAAUCCCAAUAGCAUGACAGAUGAUACUCCAAGUGGAAGCAUGGAAUCUAUUUCUUCCCAUUCCUCAGUUACUACAACAUCUUCCAACUCCAACAGCCCACCAGAGCAAGCCAGGAAUCAUGUUCGUGCAAGCAUUGUUCAUGCCACAGAUGGCACGUCCCCCUCAACUACACCAAUGGUUUCCUGGUUCAAUCUCUCGUCAACGUCGCAAUCAGUGCCGUCUUUACAGUUUCCAAGUGUGACUCCCACAAGUGAAGAAUUUCCAUCUGGGGUCCCAAACCUUAAAGCCAAGGCCGUCUAUUCUUGUGAGGCUGAGCAUCUCUCGGAGUUAUCCUUCAAAGUGGGACAAAUAUUUGAAAACGUUCACACUUCACGGGAACCUGGCUGGUUGGAAGGAACGCUCGAUGGCAAGACUGGGCUCAUUCCACAAAAUUAUGUUGAAUUCCUGGAGCACUGAACAUUUGAAAAUUGUAAGAAAAACUUUUCAUGGUAUCCAUGGGCAUCCUUGACAAGACGAUCCUUGCUGUUCCUUUAGUGGUUCCACACCUGACAUCUUAGAAUUGGAACAAAGGCAAAUGCUGAUUUGCAUAUUAACAUAACCAACCUUGAGCAUCUGUAAAAUUUGUGUUUUUAAAAUUAAAUAUUAACUAAAGUGCUGCUGGUACUUCGGCAUGCUAUUUUACUUAUCAGACUUUUUAUCAUAGGAUUUAGCAGCUGGGGGCAGUGUUAGGAAAUGGUAUUGCAAUAAAACAAACAACAAAUGUUA